AUGGCUCAAGGACAAAAGCCGUUUCUCGGUGGAUGGAGGAAUAUCGUUACCGGCCUGAUCUAUCAUAAUGCCUGCACGCAGACACGCAGCGGCGGGACGAGGAGCAGGAUCACGCAGACCGUCGCGGUCGUGGACACGGUCACCGAUGUCGCCCACGACCAGGCUGUGCAGGUGGACGCGAUACAGUUUUUGCCCGACAUACGCGACAGAAUUGUCGCGCCUGGAAUCUCUUCCUUCGGGAUGCCCGUGUCUGACGAAGAAGUUAAGUCGUUAUCCUGUCAGGAUACUAAUCGAAUUCUUGACAGCGUCGUUAAAAUACAGAGAUGUUAUAGGGCUUAUCGAGCCAGAGUGGCGGCUAGAAUGGACGCUCUCGAAGUGACUAAUGUUGCUCGAUAUGACGAAGCGAACGUGAUCGAGCAUGCAGAACGUUCUCAGGUGCUGUCUGCCUAUAGCGGCACGGAUUUCGUGAUAUUGAAUCGCUGCCCGGCGCGUACGAGCUCAGACUUCGAGUCGCUCCACAAUCUCCUCGACCGCUGGCGAAUCCUCGAGACCGAGCGAGCGAGUCUCACGCUUCUUGGGUCAUCGAGGGUCGCCACCUGCGGCCUGAUCCUGUCAAAGGAGGUCGAAUUGUUGCGCGCUAUAGACUCCAUGAAGACUGCCGUCCGUCUCAAGUAUAGGGAACAGAAGCGACAUAGGUUUCUGGACGAGUUGUCCAGACCGAUCGCCUGGCAGGACAGUCGGGGUCGGCCGAUCCUGGUGGACACCCUGCGUGUUCAGCGAGCUCGCCAGCACAGGAAUGUUUACGCCUCACUGUCCAACGAGAAUUUAUCGAUCCCGGAACGGGUGGACUUAUUGCACGACCUGAAACACAUCGCCGAUAUGCACACGUGCAGCCAAUCGAACGAGCUCGUUUAUUUGGUCGACCAAGAGCUGGACCUUUUAAUGCGUCGCGUGGACACAAGCAGACUUAAUUGGCUCAGGAAUCGACUGAAGCUGAGCUUCCUCAGGCUGGUGCGCAAUGCUCUGCAAGGUCUCUCAAUCUUUUCGUCUAUGACGGAAAUGAUUUUUUUCUUUAAACAAUUCAUUAAAAACAGCAAAUACAAACGCGACCAGUUGAAAAGCUUAUGUCCGCCCUCAGGCGAUGUCGAGGAAGACGCGCAUCUGUUCGACUGGUCAAACGCCAGCAUCACGCGUCUCUGCAGGACCUGCGGCAGGCUCUUGUCUCUGGAAAAGUUUCCCCGCGAGCGUCGAUUACGCUCCUCCUCUUGCGUCUAUUGUACGUCCAUGCGAACCCGGAAAGGUCCUCGCGUCGUGUACGAACCUUACGAGAGAAUAUUAUGGGAAGUCAGACGCUUUGAAGCCCGAAUGGGCUGCUACGGCAGUCUGGCCUUCGUGGUCGGAGCCAAAGUCAUCUGUCGCCUAGUGAAUAAAGUCUGGCAUGGUAGGUCGGGCAUCUCCGAGUGCGACGACCUGGACGAGCUAAGACUAACUCGCUUCCGACGCGAGCACGAAUGGGCGCCCUGGAAUUCUCUAUUGUUGACGAAAACCGAGGCCGCGAUUCAUCACGGGAUCAGUGAUAUCGAGAGCUUCUACGACUCGUCGCUCCUGCAGAAAUUUUACAUGAAGAAUCUCCAGGCGAAAGUACACUUCGAAUCGAUCUCUCAAGCGCGGAGAAACAUCGUGACACCGUUUUCCUCGAUGGAAGAUGAAUAAUUAAUUUUUCUUACUUAAUAGACAUAAAAGAGAGCAAAACGGACGGAAAAUUGGAAUUUAGAAAAAUAGAACAAACAAGAAAUCUUAUUUUACCAAGACCAAUAUUU